AUGUUGUUAGAAAAAAGUAUAGCGGUAAAAGAAAAUAAUGGAAGUGAAGCAGAAGAAAAACGAAGUGAGCGAAGAAGCGAAGGAGAAAAUCUCAGAAAGACUUUCAAAUGUAGAGAAUCUAUGGUUUCCACGCGCACAACAAUCCACCGCCACACUCCCUUCUCAACGCAAAUCCAUCUUCCACUCUCUUCUCACUCGCGACCCAUCUCUCUUCCUAGAACGCUACGGUUCCAAUCUCACUUCCACCGAAUUAACCGAAUUCGAAACCCUAAAAGAAGAUUACGAGAUUAACUGGCAUCUGACGCGGUUACGAAGCGUGUUGACUCCGACGACCGAGGAGUUGAGAAGGAAAGCAGUGGUGGCGAAGAAUAGAAGAAGGGCUUAUUUGGAUAGGUUGAUUGUUGGUGGGGUUUAUUUUUCGGAGGAGGCGAUGAGAGAACGUGAGGCGUAUUUGCAUUAUGAGUAUGUUGGGAAGUUUCAGGAUAGGUUUGGGAGGAGGAUGGCUAGGCCGGGGGAGAGGUGGUCUGAUACGUUGUUGAGGAGGUGUGAGGAGGCGGUGAUUGUGGCCAAGAUUAGAGGGGAGCAAGAGAGGAUUGGUGUGCCGAGAAGCGAGUGGAUUGGUAAUGAAGGACUUCAAGAAGAGGAAGAGGAAGAGGAAGAGGAAGAGGAAGAGGAAGAAGAAGAUGACGAUGAUGUUGAAAAAGACGAGACUGUGGAGCAGAUACACGUGCCUCAACCUGAUGUAAGCGACAAUGGCACAUCUGAUCCAGCUCGAAUGAGACAUGAUGUAACUAACAAUGGCACAUCUGAUCCAGCCAGAGCAAGGCAGGAUCCAACCUUAUCUUCAGAAGAGUUGGAGGACCGGAUGAAUCAAUUCACUUACAUCAUGCAGCAGAAGUUUCUAUUAGGAGAAGAUCAUGAACAUGUAGAUUACACUAAAAUAGAUAAUGAUGAGACCCUUGACGAUCAUUGGCAGAGGGAGGCCAAUAUUGAUGCAGAAGAGAGGUAUUUUGCUGAUGAUUAAGUUGUAUCAGCUUAAUAGUUGCAGAGUCAGAUAUGUAAAUAUUGCUUAACUUUUACUCCGUUUGCCAAUCUUCAAAUCUAUAUUGUACUUAAAUUAACGGAUUGUGUUUGUAAUAGUAGUAACUUGCUGUAGCGUUUUAUUUUCCAAGUUUCCCAAGUUGGGGAGAACUGGGACCCACUCGAUCUCUUGUUGAUUUGGUGAGGAUAUGCCUCCCAUGUCAAUAUUAAGAGGUUCAUUUUCAGCAAUUUGAUCAAAAAACAAGUUUCUUUUGUAUGCUGUCCAAAAACUGUAAACUUACGUUAAGAUCUAAAAUAACUACAUUUCCUUUUGAUCUGGACA